AUGACUGCUGUGGCAUCUCCGCCUAGUGUGCAAUCGGGGUCUCGCUUGGGAUGGUACAGCACUGGUAACGGAGGACAAGGAGCCCUGUCUUCAAUGAACAGCGACGAAGUGUCACGUAUGUUUAUGCCACGGAAACACGUUCAGCGGUCGAAUUCCUCUUCUUCGCUUGGGUCGAACUCGUCUACGAAUACCGUAACCAGCAAUACACAAGACACCCAUGCAGCACAGGUCUCAAACAGUGAAUCCGGAACCUGGUCGAAGUCCAAACCCACUCGCAAAGUCUGGCCGAACUCCAAAGCGGAGCCCGUAUCCGGGGUAACGAACGCGCGGUCUCAGGCAGGCCCUGCGUUCUCGUCGGGGCCGACUGCUUCAUCUACAAUGUCCGCGAUUCAUCAACCGUCGUCCAUCGUGCCGUCGCAGCACAUGCUUCAGUCCUCUCAACAGAAUGGAGCCCGACAGCCCAAUGGACAAGCUGCUGAUCCACCUGCUAUAUUGGCACUGACGCCGAUGAACAGCACGUUCGAAAAAAAGCAAAUAAAUGUGCCUUUCUUCCCCGAAGUUCUGCGAAUCGGACGCCAGACAAAUGCGAAGACGGUGCCUACCCCCUUGAACGGCUUCUUUGAUUCCAAAGUUCUGUCUCGCCAGCACGCGGAAAUAUGGGCCGAGAAGAACGGAACGAUUUGGAUUCGCGACGUGAAAUCGUCGAACGGGACCUUCGUGAACGGACAUCGUCUGUCUCCCGAGAACCGCGAAUCGGACCCGCACGAAUUGCGCGAAAAUGAUACGCUGGAACUGGGUAUUGAUAUCGUUAGCGAGGACCAGAACACCAUUGUUCAUCACAAAGUCUCUGCUAAAGUUGAACACGCGGGUCUUUAUGGAUCCACUCCCAACAUCCUGGAUUUGAAUUUCGGGGAUCUAGACCCUGCGUCUGGAGGUGGCCUUCUACCUUCGCCUCUCAGCCAACCACUUUCUCAUAUGCGUGGGAGAUCAGGUAGCAAUAUCAGUAAUCGCUCUGCUCAGAGUGCUGCCAACAACCAGCUGAACGCCAUGCACCAACAGCGUCAGAUGAAUUACUGGAACUCCCCUAUCUCAGUUGAACAGGUUGUUAAACGACUCACGAGCGAGUUGAAGCAAGCCAAGCAGCAGUCUCAGGAUCUUCGUCAAACCGACGAUUUCUUGACUGCCAUCAGACAACCGGGCUAUGCCGAUAAAGAGAAAGCCAGCAAGCCAUCGCCGCUGGAGAAUGGUGCCCCACGGCAACUCAAUGGGCGUCCCAAAAUGCCACGCGUCGACUCCUUCUCCAGAUUCUCUGAUCCACCUGCUCCUCCGCCUCAACAACCUCUACCCGAAAAGCCGGAUGCUCCCCCGCGAACUGGAUCAGACUCAUUCUCGCCUCUUAAACGAAGCGAUACAGACAAACCGAAGUCUAUGUCUACAAGCUCUCCCGUUUCUCGCGAAUCAAGUCAAAUACUGUCGCUCAUCGAGUCUCUGUCAACUGCCAGACGCGAGAUUGAAACACAGGGGGUUCGCAUCAAGGAGCUCGAGGACCUUCUCCGCCAGGAAAAAUCUGCACGGGAAACUGCGGAAGACAAGGCCAAGCAAUUUGAAACUAGCACUCCGGCGGGCGACGACAAAGUCAAUCACGAAAACGAUCUCGAAAAGGUUGUGGAGGAGUCUCCUAUCAAGCAAGAACAUGAAGAUGUGGAGUCUGCUGUUAGUGAUGACCUUCCAUCUCCAGGGGCUGAUUCUACCUCGGAUGCUGUGAAGGCAGAACCUUCUGCGGAGGCUCACACCGAACAAUUGCAGCGUCGUCUCGAUACCAUGGCAGAGGAAAUGGAAGAGAUGAGAAAGCAGAUGACUUCUUUUAAGAAGCGUGCCGAGACAGCCGAAGAUGAGACGGCCCAGUCGCGGAAGUCAUUGGAAGAGAUGAUUGAGACUCUUCGCGAAGAACGCGCAGAAAAAGCGGCAGCCGUAGCUCUUGCGGCCAAGUCAGAUGGACCAAAUGACGAUUCAAAGUCCAGUUCUGGUCACAUGUCAUUGACAGAGAACGGGACUGCAAAGUCUAAGGCUGGUGACUCCUCGUCACAGAACUUUGACCCAGGAGCCUCAAAGGGCAAAGAGAUGGAUGCUGCCACAGCCGUCGCGACGAAAUGGCAACGACGCCAGUAUCUAGAGGAAGCAAGCCCUUAUGCGUCCAUUUUUGGAGUGGUUCUUUUUGGAGUUGGUCUCAUGGCCUACCUCAACGGGUGGCAAAAGCUGGACAAAUAA